UCAUCAGUUGUUUCUGAACCAUAUAUGUAAAUAAAUCCCAACUGUUAAUACACAUUUAAUUUGAUGAUUACAGAAUUUGUUUUGAAAACUUUGUUUGAACUUUUUUAUAAUUGGAAAUCUUAAUGCUGACUCUGAGCAUGGAAGAGAUUGUGAGUGUAAGGUCAUGAACUUCCGGUUCAAAAUAGAAAUCUAAUACAAGUACAUUGUAUAAAACAUGUAUCAAUCAGCAUUAAAUCACGACUGUUGGCAGGUCUAACUAUAACGCUACGUGUAGUGUGUUAGAUGUGGAGUAAUGGAUAGAUGUCAUCAUCUUAGGUCGUUGAUACGAGAGAACAUGGUUCCCCUAAAUAAUGUGGUGCGCACAUGAUCGUUAGGCUCUUAAUGUAGUAACUUGACAAAAUCAUAAGUAGCGAGAGUGAAAGAGAACUAACUUAAUUUGCCACUCACAUAAAACAAAUGCUUACACACGGCAACAUGUAUAAUGGGUGCCACAAAGAGAGCUUGGAUGGUCUAUGAUAUCUAGUCCAUGGUCCUUGAUGUGACUCGUUGGUGGUGUUAGUUUAUAGAACACCAUGGUCCUUGAUGUGACUCGUUGGUGGUGUUAGUUGAUGUGACUCGUUGGUGAUAUCUAGUCCAUGGUCCUUGAUAUCUAGUCCGUUGGUCUACCGAUCAUCUUUAGGGAUGGGCACAAAUAUUAUAGUUUUUAGUAUUCGUAAUUUGCUUUAAAGAUAUAUAAUUUUCUGAUUUCUUUUCUUUCUAAAUAUGGAUUGAAUAUUCGGUUAUCCGAAUAUCCAAAAAAAAAUUGCAGAUAUUUACAGAUUUUUAUGAAUAUUUUAUGGAUAUCUCAUUCAAUUUGUUACAGACAAGUAAAUCUAGAAAAGUUAUACAAAUUUGUUUUCAAAAAUAUAUUUUUUUUUUUUUUUAACUGGCUUUCGUAUUAAAAAACACUGGAACAGAAGUUUUACAGAGAUAAACAUAGAAGAGAAACAGAAAUAGAGGUACAACUUGAAAGUAAAGCAAAAAGAAAUACCAAAUCCGAAUAUAAUCAACCCAAAAUGGGGAUAAACAGCAGAGGACAAGAGGGAUUCAAGUAAAAUGGUACGACAACACCUAUUCAGCUAGAGAAUGGUCAGACAACACAGACAAGUCGCGAGAGCAACUCCGGGCCUUACAUUCUGUUCACCUUUCGGAUUGUUGUUAAUCCAGAGAGGAGCCAAAGCUACCUCACUCUCACCCACACUUAUACAACUACUGGCAACUAAGCACAAAAAACCGGGUUGCAAAGAAGGCAGUCAUGACAAAGGUGGAAGAGAACAUGUACUGAAAAGAAAAGGAGAUCACCUGACAGAGCAAUCAACUGACCGCCAUGUCACUGGGAUGGAGAAACACCUAAGCACGCCAUCUCUGUGGAACAAGAGAGCAUCGAAGACCCACGAAGCUAACCAAGCUCCACACGUACUCCUAGCUCUAAGAACUAGAGCAGGUUCUUUUCUUUACCUGAACAAGCGAGGACUGCCGGAGAUAGACGGAGACCACGCACCAAUGAAGAACUUGAUAACCACCACCAGCAAAACCGAAAGGAGAGGAAGGCAAAGGACGAAGAGGAGAUCAGAAAGCCACCGCCUGAGAACCAUUCUCCGAACGACAGAAAGAACCAGACCCAUCUCACGCGCCUCCGGGAAUCAACCAAUGACACCGCCAAAGGAGAGAACACCGACGCGCUCUUCAGAAACAAAGUCCGCCCUUGAGGGCUGAAGAGAGCCACUCCCUUGCCGAGACACCAAGGCAAAGAAAAGGAGGCCAACUACAGCCACACCUCACCAGCGCAAGACCAAACCAGAUCUGAGCCAGGAGAGUCAAAACCACACCCCACGCGCCUUCAAAGUCGGACAACACCGCACGGAUAAAGAGAUCUACCACCCGAUAAGCGAAGCCCACCCUAAAAAGCCGACUCCAACCACUUCCACGAUUCCCAACACCUCGCCGAAACACCGGAGCAAUACGACGUCAAAAGGAACCAAAAUCUGGGGCCCCAGAUCUGAAGAUCCAAAAUCAAUCGAACAAUCAAGGGCUUCAAACAUCUCGGAGAGGGAUAGAGGAAGAAGAAGAAGCAAAGAAAAAACAGAGAAAGAGAGAGGAUGGAGCCGCCGACGGUGUCGCAAGAACAACCGCCGGAGGAAACGGAUCUAAAUCAGGUUUUCGACAGAGAGAGUUUAGAGAGAGAGAGUUUAGAGAGAGAGGAUUUUAUUUGUGAAAGCUUCAGAAAUAUAUUUUAUAUAAUAUAAAAUAAAAAAUGAAACUAGUGAAACUGUUUGUUCCAUAAAUUUUACUAAAAAUUAAUUAUUUUUUUAUGAAACUGAAAAUUUUAGAAAAUUGUAGUUUUAUAAAGAUUUAAAAACCCUUUCUUAAUUUAAUAAUUUUAUAUGUAAUUUUCUCAAUAAAAUUCUAUGUUAGAAUAAUAAUUAUAUAUAAUUAUACAUUUUAAAGUUUUAUAUUUAAUUGUAGAUGUCUAUUAAGUCGGAGCAAAAUGGAUAUCUGACUAUCUUUAUAAUAUUUGUGAUUUGUUUCAUUUUUAAAAGAUAUUGAUUUUUAAUAUUUAUUUUACUCUAAAUAUUUACGGAUAUCUGAACUUUUUGUAUCAAAUCAAAACAAUUAACAAAUCCAGUCAAAAUUAAUAGAUAAAAUCACAGUCCAAAUUAAGUGUGUGUUUAAAGUUACAAUUAACAAACCUUUUUUGAAACUUAUUUUUUUGAAACACAUGCAAAACAAACCAAUUCUCUUUUUAAGGCUGGCUUUACAACCCACACAUGUAAAGUAUUUUUUUCUUUGUUUCAAAAGAUCAUUGAGUCAAAAGCUCACAUAUUCUAUAUAUAUGAUGAAAACAAGUUUAGAAUAUACAGUAAAUCCAUGACCGAUAUAUUCACAUUGGACCAUGUCGAACACAUAGACUUUCAAAGGACUGGUUUCACAAUCACUUUGUUCUUCAGCGUUAUCUAAAUAUUUUAAAAUUCAUUUGUUAAUUUCUUAUAAUUUUUUUUGUAAAUCUUGUAUAGCUUCUUAAUCAAUAAAAAUACAAAACGAGUAACAUAUUAAUGAUUUUUUUUUUUGAAAAGGAGAACGUUACUUUUACAUACUCCAAUCCAGAAACGGUUACUGGCCCUUUUUGUCCGAAACAUGAAACUGUAUGUGAAGAUUGUAACUUCAUUCAUAUUCUGAAACUGCCAGAAAAAAGUAUACAUUUCUUUACGUAUUGAUGAACAUGAUUGCUGUGAAAUGAUCAAUCAAACGAGUGAUUAGUGAAUGAACUGCCGAAAAAUCCUCAUCGACUUUGUAUUAAGCAAAAAAUGGGCAACACUAUAGGAACCGACAUCGGUGGUUUUAUUGGCAACGUAUUCACAGCACCCUUCAAAGCCACACUUGGAAGAUCCUGUCUAAAUGUAUGCUCAGGGCCAUGGGAUCUUUCAUGUUUCAUAGAACACUUCUGUCUUCCUGAUAUUGCCAAGCUCGUCCUGAUCUCAGGCCUCUGUGUCAUUAUUUUGAUGUUCAUCACCCUCUUAUUCAAGCUUGGUAUCUGCCAAUGUGUUGUUAAAAACAUAUGCAAAAUGUCUUGCGCCGCUUGUGCAAUGUACUGGUUCGCUAUAGGAGAGAUGAUUCGUUGCUUGUGGCACAGUUUGAGGAACACUAAACGCGUCUACCGCAGAAAACGUCUCCAUGACAUAGAAGCCGCGAGUUAUGAUUAUCCAAGCGAUGAUGAACCAAGUGCAUCAGACAAAAUUAUGCCGAAGCAGAGAAGACGAAGAAGAAGACAAGGAAGCAAACAUAACCGUGGCAGCAACCGCCGUCUGGUAAGGCUAAGGAGUAGACAAAUGUCUAUACGAGUGGGAGGCAAAUCAAGAAGAGUAAGAAGUGGUAGAAAGAUGAAAUCUAGUAGAGUGAGAGUUAAGAAGAAGAUCCUAAAAGUCAAUGAUGUGCUCGAUUAAAUGAAAUGUCUCUAGUGUCACUAAACUCAAACGUUAACUUCUCAUUUUGUUUAAGAUGAAAUGAACAUACAAAAACAUUACCCCAA